AGAAGCAGAGUUUAUUGUAGUUAUGAUUCUUCCAGAGAGGAGAUGAAGUGGCGUCAGUGGGCCGACGACUGGCUCGUCCACCUCAUAUCUCCCAACGUUUACCGGACCACCGGCGAGGCCUUGGCCUCCUUCGACUACAUCGUUCGUGAGGGCAAGUUUGGCACGUUCGAGGGCUUCUUCGCCAAAUACGUCGGCGCUACAGCCAUGUUUGUGAUCUCCAAGCAACUGAAGAAACGACACAACCUGCAGAACGACGUCAGGCAGGACCUCUACAAGGCCGUGAACGACUGGGUGGCCGCCAUCGGCAAGAAGAGGAAGUUCAUGGGAGGAGAUCAGCCGAACCUGGCGGACCUGGCGGUGUUCGGCGUCCUGCGGGUGAUGGAGGGUCUGCAGGCCUUCGACGACAUGCUGGCCAACACCAAAGUGAAGGCGUGGUACAGACGCAUGGAGAGGGCGACGCUGAACCACGAGGGCCGGAGCCCCACAGCCAGCCAACAGUAAGAACCUCCGGAGAACCUCCAGAGAGCCUUCAGGGAACAACUGGACCUGCUGCGUCUUGUUUUGUGGGAGUCGGAGGAGCAGCAGGAGUUUACCCGUUUGUAUGGCAGAGUAGCUGCAGACGUAGAGGAAAGAGUCGCUGUUUAAUCACUGAGCUGCUGUUUGGAGAAAAGCUGCCCUCUGCUGGUCGGCCGCGGCAACAACACGCCGACCUCUUCUGUACGUUUGACUGACACGAAAAGUAAAAGGUUUGCGUUCAUUUAGAGCAUCAGCAGAUCCAGAGAACCUACAAUGACUUCCUUUAUUCACUCAUUCACACCGAAGCUGCCGAGUCUUUAACACAACUGUUCAGCCAAUUUCUUCCACCUUUUAGAUUUAUUUUCUAUUUUGGGAGAGUUUAAAUCUCGUUUAUUUUGCCUUUUCUUGGCCAGACAACCUGCCGUGUUCCUGCGCUCACAGCAUGAACACAAAUAGAUGCAAAUUCAGUGAAAACUAAGAAAAGAAAACGCCUCUAAGCAAAGAAAACUGACAGAAGAAGGUGCAAAAUGAUGCAAAACCAGUUAAAACGAGAGCUACAACCAAGAAAACCAACAAAAAGCAGAUCUGAAACGAGCACGAAUACAGAAAAUGAACACAAAUAGUUGGAAAUUCGUUGCAAAUCGAGAUAAAACCACCUCUCAGUCACCAUAAAGAGGUUAAAACCAACUGAAAAUGAUGCAGAAGGAACACAAAGUGAUGCAAAAACCAGGUAAGACAGUUAAAGCUGCAGCUACGACUCACAAAAGGACGACUACUCAAAGCAAUUCACCACAAAAACAACCACAAAUGGACAGAAACCAACAAAAAGUAGAAGAAAAAUGACCAUGAAACAGAAAAUCUUGACUAUUCUGCCAAUUUAUUCCACAUAUUUCUGAUAUUUUUUUGUUUUGGAGGAGUUAAAAUCUGACUUGUUUUGUUUUUGUCGGCCGACAACCUGCAGCGUUUCUGUGUGAACUCAAAUAGAUGCGAAUUCAGUGUACACAGAUUUAAAAAAAAAACAAAAAAAAA